CUUUCAUUACUUGACGGUGAAAACCUCUAGCUAUCUAUCUUACAUCAAUGGCGGUUUCUCAUAGCCCCAAUUCCAAAUCUAAGAAGAAGGCCGCUGAUACAAACCCCCAACCACACAAACGAAACAGUAAUCCAGUUGUUCGUCUUAUUCAUGGCCGAAUUUACGACUCUCACAACGGCUCAACUUGCCAUCAAUGCCGGCAUAAGACAUACGCUGCAUACGUUAACUGCAAAAAUCAAGCAAAGACUAAGCCAUGCCCCAUCAAAUAUUGCGGCACAUGCCUAUUGAACAGGUACGGUGAGAAAGUUGAAGACGUGUCGUUAUUGGACAAAUGGGAUUGUCCGAAGUGCAAAGGUGUCUGCAAUUGCAGCAUCUGUAUGAAAAAGUGCGGUCAACAGCCCACUGGUAUAGCUACACGAAUGGCAAAGGCAAGCGGAUUUUCAUCGGUUUCAGAUUUGAUCGUUGCAAAAGGUGCUCAAAACGUUAGUAACUACAAGAAACCGGGGAAAGAAAAUCUGUUUGAUGGCAAGACAAGACUAAACACAAAUCCUCCGGUUUCUGUCUCAUCUACUGUUAACGAGAAACCAAAGAAAACGAAGCGAAAAGGGUCUGAAGUUAAUGAUGUUUCAGUGACCGAGACUAACCAUACCCCAAAUAAGAAGCAAAAGAAACUGAAGUCAAAAGGGUCAAACGCGAGUGUUCGAGGAGACGUGUUUACUAAUCUACUUUCAAAGGUCAAUGGUGGUCAACAACCAGAAAACGUAGUUAAAGAGCGUUUAGACGAUAAUCAAUGUUUAAAAGUUGAAAAAAAGGCGUUAGACUUGUUUGAAGUUGUUAUUCCUUUGGUAACAGGAAAUGAGUUGGUCAAUAUAGCCGGGGUUGACCUUCCGAAAGAAGACGCUGGCAAUGCACUGCAAUUGUUGGAAUUCAUUGCUACUUUCGGAAAGAUUCUUGAUGUGAAAAAAGGGCAGGCAGAAGCGGUAUUGCGAGACCUAAUCAAAGGGCGAAGUACACGGCGUGGGAAAUUUACUUCCGUAAGCCAGUUUCAUAUCCAGUUGCUGUCUGUUAUACAAGAGAAACCGGAAUCUGAAUCUGAAUCGGAAUCAGAAUCAUCGGAUAUGACUCAAGGCAACGAUUCAUGGUUGAAAGAUCUUAAAACCUGCAUUGCUAAAUCAAAGUCAAAGGAUGUUGACUUUAUAGACAUGUUAGCUGGUGGAUAUGACGAUUUGGACUCGUCGACGAAGCUAAGGCUCUUAGUUUUCCUGUGUGAUGAGGUUCUUGGAACCGAAAAAAUAAGAAAUUGGAUUGAUGAACAAAAUGCCAUGUUUUCCGAAAAGAGAAAGGAAGCAAAGGAUAAACUUUCUGUUGCAAAAGAUAAGGAGAAGAGUCUGAAGCAGAAAAUGCAGGAUGAUAUUGCAAAAGCAAUAACAGCGAAAGAAGGUGUUCCUCUAACUAUAAAGGAACAUGAUGCUAUUGUUUCUAAGAUCAAAGAUAAAGCAGCUGAAGCACAUGCUGAGAUACUUGCAAGUGAAAAACUGGUCCCAUUAGAUAAAGAGAGGCCUGAUGCCGUAAGAACUGAGCCGGUUUUCAGAGACAACAAAGGGCAUGUGUACUGGAGGCUAAAAGGGUGUUCUGAGAAGCCUGGUAUUCUUCAAGAUAUAGGAAGUGGGGAUCAUACAGUUGAAGCAGCUGACAAAUGGUUUGAGUAUGAUGAUGAACAAAUGGAUUUGAUUGAAAAACAUAUAAAUGUCAUGAGGUCGCGGUUUAGGAAAUACUACAAAAACUAGGGGACGUGUUCGGUGUGAAAUGAUUGCUCAUUUUGUUGAUGUUAGGAGCAAAUUCUAUGUUACUUUCAUGACUUUUAUCGGUCUAUUGUAACCGCUGAUGACCUUUGUACGUGUGAGGCCUUUUGAUGCGUUUCAUAUCGGUCUUAUGAAAUUGCUAACCUUUUGUAACCUAUGUAUAUGUAUAUAUAGGAUCACUAUUACAUUCAAGAUCAAGGCACAUCUAAGAUGUAGUGUUUUAUUUCCUAAUC